AUGAUAAAAAUAUUUUUUAAUUAUCUAGCAAUUAAAUUCUUCCUAUUGAUUUAUUGCAGCAAGAAACUAUUGAUAUUAUUUUUGAAUUGCAUAUUUAAGCUCCUGUUUCAGUAACAAUUUUCUUUGAAAAUAUUUCUUACUUAAAUGAUUCAAGUAAUGAAUUUGAUAGUUGGUUUAAUUAAUAACAAUUCUAUUACUUUUGGAACAGCAAAGAAAGAGGUUUUCAAUUUAAAGGUGAAUUUUAUUAUUAAUAUUUAUACUAUCCAAAUAGUGAAAAGAAAUCGAAUUUUGACUUAAGAAAACUUUAAUAUUCUAAUUUGUUAUAAAAACUUUCAUGUAAUGGUAUUAAGCAAUAAGGAUCUAUUGGAUUAUUAAUUAAACCUGUUGAAUCUUAAACUUCUUAGUCUGAUGAGGCAUAAGUUUAUUAAAUCAUGUUUUAAAAUGAUGAAUUUGAAAAAUCUCUUGAGAUUUACAACGUUUGUUAAUAAAUUUAAUUAAAUAUUGAAAGCAAUCGUAAACAUAAACAACUAUAUUAUUUAAUUAAUAUUAUAUAAGAAUAUUAAGGAGCCUACUAAAUCUAAAAUUACAAAAUUUCGAAUUAAAGUCAAAACUUUUUAUUAGAUUGUUUAAGCAGUUAAAAAUAUCUGA